AACAAACAUUGAAACAAAGACAAAAGAAAAUGUUGUAUCUAUUCUCUGUUGUUUUUACCUUUCUUGCACUUUUUCUCAUCCCUGGUCUCUUCAUCUCUCGACGACUAAGAGUUCCUUUGUCCUUGACAAACAUCCUAAGAUUCAUCAAAAUCACAGCUUCCAAAUACGAUGAUGAGGAAGAAAGGAACGACGACAAACGUGAUGCUAUGGGAGAGAAAGAGAAACGAGCGAGAAAUAGAAUAAUGCCAAAGCAUGUGGCGGUUAUGUUGGACGGAAACAGACGUUGGGCAGAGAAACGAGGACUAGGGACAUCGGAAGGCAACGAGGCCGGAGCCAGAAGGCUAUUGGAGAAUGCUAAGGAUUGUUUCGCAACGGGGAUAAAUACUAUCUCACUCUUUGCUUUCUCCACCGAAAAUUGGGAAAGACCCGAGGAUGAAGUUAACUGCUUGAUGGCCUUGUUUGAGAAACACUUUAGGUCUGAGAUGCCUUACUUGCAAAGAGAGAACAUCAAGAUCUCGGUUAUCGGGAACCGAGCAAAAAUCCCCGAGUCGCUUCUAGGUUUGAUAGAAGAGGUAGAGGAAGCUACAAAGAGCUACGAAGGGAAGAAUCUCAUUAUAGCAAUAGACUAUAGUGGAAGAUUUGAUAUCUUACAAGCAUGCAUAAGUCUUGCAACGAAAGUGAAAGACGGGCUGAUUCAAGUGGAGGACAUUAACGAGAAGGCGAUGGAGAAAGAGUUGUUGACAAAGUGUAGCGAAUUCCCAAACCCUGACCUGUUGAUCAGAACAAGUGGAGAGCAAAGGAUCAGUAACUUCUUCUUAUGGCAAUCUGCUUACACUGAGCUUUACUUUCCAACUGUUUUGUGGCCUGAUUUUGGCGAAGCUGAGUAUCUUGAGGCCUUGACUUGUGAUGCAAUGGGAGAGAAAGAGAAACGAGCGAGAAAUAGAAUAAUGCCAAAGCAUGUGGCGGUUAUAUUGGACGGAAACAGACGUUGGGCAGAGAAGCGAGGACUCGGGACAUCGGAAGGCCACGAGGCCGGAGCCAGAAGGCUAUUGGAGAAUGCUAAGGAUUGUUUCGCAAUGGGGACAAAUACUAUCUCACUCUUUGCUUUCUCCACCGAAAAUUGGGAAAGACCACAGGAUGAAGUUAAAUGCUUGAUGGCCUUGUUUGAGAAACACUUCAGGGCUGAGUUGCCUUUCUUCCAAAGAGAUAAGAUCAAGAUCUCGGUUAUCGGGAACCGUGCAAAAAUCCCCGAGUCGCUUCUAGGUUUGAUAGAAGAGGUAGAGGAAGCUACAAAGAGAUACGAAGGGAAGAACCUCAUUAUAGCAAUAGACUAUAGUGGAAGAUUUGACAUCUUACAAGCAUGUAAAAGUCUUGCAACGAAAGUGAAAGACGGGCUGAUUCAAGUGGAGGACAUUAACGAGAAGGCGAUGGAGAAAGAAUUGUUGACAAAGUGUAGCGAAUUCCCAAACCCUGACCUGUUGAUCAGAACAAGUGGAGAGCAAAGGAUCAGUAACUUCUUCUUAUGGCAAUCUGCUUACACUGAGCUUUACUUUCCAACUGUUUUGUGGCCUGAUUUUGGCGAAGCUGAGUAUCUUGAGGCCUUGACUUGGUAUCAACAAAGGCAGAGGCGAUUCGGUCGACGAGUUUAAAUUUUUGAAUCUCACUAAUCAAAUGUUCAAAUGAUGCAAUAGUACUUAGUGGUACUAUUGUUUCAUGGGACCUAAAUAUUUGUGUUUGCUUAGAAAUGCUUCUUGAUCUUCUUUUUUUAGUUUCAAUAAAAUUCAUAAUAGAAA